UUCAAUGUCCGGACCUGACAGCAGCUCACCUCCAGUCACAAGCAGAUAUUGAAGAAUACAACUGAUGUAUCUAACCGAGGAUUAGAUUUCUUCACAUCUUUAAACUAAUUGCUGGAACGCUAAACUUGAGAGAAAAUGGGUGUUGAUAUUCAAACAUAUAGAGCGCGAAUUGGCACCUUCAAGCAUUCUAGAUGUGGUAAAUCUAUUGAAAACUACAGACAGUCGCGGAGUGGUGAUGUGACAGCACUUGUCAAGAAUAUCUAUGUUAGCAAUGACAUGAAAACUGCUGGUUGUCUGCUUUUUAUUGGCAUUCUUUUAAUGAUUGCUGGUGUUGAACCAAACCCAGGUCCGAUGUGGAAAGAUACACAGGUUGAUAUACCAUGUAUAAGAAUUGAUGGAUUAUUGGAAAAUGUCAAUAAAGAGAUGCUUGAGAUGUUCUUCGAAAAUGAAGAAAGACAAGGUGGCGGAAAAGUAAACAGUAUUGAGAUCGAUAGCAAGAGUAAAUGUGCUACAGUUGUUUUCGAGGAAAAAGCAGCUGUUGAUGCUUUCAUGCAGAGGAACUCUAAGUCUAUACUGGGCAUGGACGUGACUGUUACAGUACUUGAAACCCCUCAAUUGUAUCAUGCAAACUCAACACGUAUAAAAAUUACCGGAUUGAUGGAAAAUAUAAAUAAACAGAUGCUUGAAAUGUUUUUUGAUAAAGAAGAGAGGGAUGGUGGUGGAAAAGUGAAAGAAAUUGUCAUUGAUAACAAGGACAAAUGUGUCAUUGUUGAUUUCGAAGACGAAACAGGUGUUGAUUUGAUCAUGAGAAAGACACCAAUGACAAUAUUUGGGAUGCGAGUUGAUAUAGAAGUAAUUGAAAGUGAUAUAGAAGGGCCAAAAAUGGUAAAAAUAUCGAAACUCCCGGCAAAUAUAAAUAAAGAAAUGCUGUUAAUGUUCUUUGAACGCGAGAUAGAGGAUGACGGAAAAGUGGUUGAUGUGACAGUGAACACUAACGACUCUUAUGCCAUUGUUGAGUUUGACAAGUCAGUCGCUGUUUAUGGAGUUAUGGAUAAGAGACCGUUAACAAUUUUUGGCUUUGAAGUAAUUGUUGAAGCUUUCGAUGCACGCAAGCUAGUUGAAAACCAGAGACCAAGGCAGCUGUUUUAUUCUCCUUCUGUAUCAAAGUCGGUAAAGAUGGUUGACUCUGCAGUGCAGGCCAACUUAUGUAAAUGUCCUCCUCUUGAGACACUUUCAUCAGGUAAGCCUGCUGAUGACAUAACUGAUACCUGUUCUACAACAUUAUACCAGACUGCUUGCAAGAGUAUUCCAGCUACCAAAAUAAUUCCAGAUACGUCACUUGUGGUACCACAGCAUAUCCCGCGUAUAAGAAUUUCAGGAUUAAAUGAAAACACAAAUAAAGAGAUGCUUGCAAUGUACUUUGAACAUGAAGAGAGAAACGGCGGGGGAAAGGUGACAAGUAUUGAAAUAAAUCAGAAGGGGAAGUUUGCUAUGGUUGAUUUUGAGGAGAAAGCGGGUGCUGAUGCGUUUAUGCUGAGAAAUCCGAAAUCUAUAAUGGGUAUGGAUGUCACGGUAGAGGUCAUUGAUACAACAUCUAAUAUAAGUCAUGCUAAAUCAAGAAGAAUAAAAAUUACUGGCUUAGCGGCAAACACCAAUAAGGAGAUGCUUGAAAGAUUUUUUAAGACAGAGGAAAAAAAGGGUGGCGGACAAGUAAAUGCUAUAUUCAUUGAUGGAACGAAGAAAUGUGCUCUGAUUGAGUUCAAAGACGAAACAGGCGUUGAUUGGAUUAUGAAGAAGACACCGAUGGCAAUACUCGGAAUGGAAGUGGGAAUAGAAACACUUGAUGAUAUUGACGAGCCUAAAAGGAUACAAAUCACCAAUUUGCAAGUCAUUAUAAGUAAAGAGAUAUUGAAAAUGUUCUUCGAAAAUAAAACAGAUUUUGGAGGAAAAAGUAUUGACAUCAGCAUUACAUCUGAAGAGAAUAAGACCAUCGUUGCGUUUGAUGAUUCUACUAGAACCAAUACCGUAGCACGUGCAGAACCAAAACUGGAUUCUUCAUACGAAAAUGAAGACACAGUCGAUUUAGAAACAGAAUAUGCAGAACAAUUACAGGAGGAAACAUACCCUUUUCAAACAACAGAAGACACUGUCACCCAAUAUAUAGAAUCUGCAGCAAGAAUACCUGAACCUUUUCAAACAACAGAGGGAACUGCUUUUAAAAUGGAAUGCGCAGAGACAAAUCAGAGGGAAGUGGAGCCUUUAAAAACAUCAGAGAAUAUUGUCGCUUUAGAAACAGAAUCUGCAGAACAAUUACUGGAGGAAGAAGAACCUUUACAAACAACAG